CCUCGCAUUGCGGUUAUCUCCGCUAAUGCUUUCCAUUACACUAUGAAACGGAAGGAAAACACGUUUUUUACGACCAGUAUCUACGAAAUAGAACGUAUCUUGCAAGAACGAGAGGAGGAAGACGACCCUGAGAAUGCCAAAUUAGUUCAGGACCGGCUCCCUCCCGAAUACCGCUCUUACCGAGACGUGUUUAGCAAAAGUGCCGCAGAUCGAUUACCUGAACAUCGGCGGUAUGACCACAAAAUC